AUGGUCCAACGCGCCCUCAGCCACCGCCGUAACUCCAACCGCACCCUCUCCGUCUCCAUCUCCAACACCACCCACCCCCUCUCCAACAACAACAACAACAACAGCACCACCACAACCCCCAGCACCAGCCACACCGUCCAAACAACCAACACCCUCCCAAUAAUAGUCCGCACCGGCCCCAGCGGCGCCCACACCAACAUCGCCGGGAAUGGACGUCGUGAGUCGGGGUUACCGCUGUCGCGGCAUCAUUUGAUGAGGCGGUCUAGUACUGCGAGUAGUGGCAGUAGUAGUAGUACUGCUUCUUCGGUGGGUGGUGUGGGUGGUGUGGGUGUGUGUUUGAGGGGGAGAAAGGUGGGGGAUGGCGGGGAAGAGGUUGGGGAGGAGGUGAUUGUGGAGGAUGUUGAUGAGGAGGAGGGGGAGGGGUUGGGGGUUCGUGAGGGGGGGGCAAUAGCAGGGGGAGUAACGGGGGAUGAGGGGGAGAUGUUGGGGUGGAUAUUGGCGUUUGGGCGUGAUGAAGGGCGAGAUUGA